GAUUAGACCGGACGUUGCGCGGUAGUCCGCGAUGUGGCCGUCAGAGCGCGCUGCGCUCCUACUGAGGGUUAUCCGGUUCCAUCUCUACUAAAUCGGACUAGAGCGUUGUUUUGAGAGAGAAGCUUGGGUUGUGUCUGUCACAGCCGGAUUAUUAUGAUCGCCGAAUCUACGAAGUAAUUCGUAAACUGUAUCACUGAUUGUGUUUCGUUGAAUGAAUAUUGAUCUUAUUCAUUGAGCAUGGUCGAUGUCCGAGCUUGCGCCAAGCCGCAGGGGCGGUUUUGAAUUUGUGAUUUUCAUCGGUGUAUGAAUGACUAGAACUGCAAGUAUUCAUCAUGACAAAUUCCCAGUUGUGGUUUCGAGGGAUUCGCAGCUCCAAAUUCAGACAUGUGUACGGGGCUCCUGCCAAAAGAGAUCGAUGCUAUGAAAACAUUAAGAUUACAAAAAAUGCCCAUGACUCCCAGUUUUGUGCUGUAAAUCCUAAAUUUGUUGCGGUUGUAACAGAAGUAGCAGGGGGUGGAGCAUUUUUGGUUUUACCAAUUGAUCAUACUGGUCGCCUUGACUUUAAUACAAGCAGAGUAACAGGCCAUAGAGGUCCUGUGUUAGAUAUAAAAUGGAAUCCCUUUAAUGAUAAUAUAAUUGCGUCAUGUUCUGAUGACUGUACUAUCAAGUUGUGGUAUAUUCCUGAUACUGGUCUGUCCAUGCAUUUAACUGACUGGCUUAUCGAUUUGCAUGGCCAUAAACGUCGUGUUGGGUACAUUGAGUGGCAUCCCACAGCAGAAAAUGUUCUUGUCAGUGCAGGAUUUGAUCACCUGAUGAUUGUGUGGGACAUUGGGCGGGGAGAAGCCAUGACUGUAAUUGACUGCCAUCCAGACGUAAUUUAUAGUAUGUCAUUUAACCGAGAUGGUAGUUUGAUUGCAACAACAUGCAAAGACAAAAAGGUCAGAGUUAUUGAUCCACGCACAGGUGCUGUUAAAGCGGAAGGAAUGUGUCAUGCGGGUAUGAAAGCAAGCAAAGUUACAUAUCUUGGCAGCACUGGCCGUUUACUAACGACAGGGUUUUCUCGUCAUUCUGACCGUCAACUGGCUGUCUGGUCUCAGGAAGACUUGUCUGAACCUCUUACUGUUGAAAAUGUUGAUUCUUCAUCAGGUGUUCUCUUUCCAUAUUAUGACCAUGACACAAGAAUAGUUUUUCUUGCGGGGAAGGGAGAUGGUAACAUUCGAUACUAUGAGGUAGUAGAUGAAGCUCCUUGGCUUCAUUACUUAAAUCAAUUUUUGUCAGGAUCUCCUCAGCGUGGUCUUGGUUUCAUGCCUAAACGUGGCUGUGAAGUUUCACUGUGUGAAAUAUUUAGGUUUUUCAAACUACACACAACUAAGGGCAUGUGUGAGCCUGUGUCAAUGAUUGUUCCUAGAAAGAGUGACCAAUUCCAAGAUGAUCUAUUUCCUGACACUGCUGCUCCUGUUCCUGCAAUGACUGCACAGGAAUGGUUGACAGGCAAAAAUUCUAUGCCUGUAUUAAUGUCCAUGAAGACAGGUGUCACCAUUCGCACUCAUAAACCUAAAGUGUACAAACCUGGUGAUAAUGUUCUCCCUAUUAUGGCAGAGAACAACAUUCGUAAGAAAUUUGCUUUCUUAUCAAGGGAAACUGUUCCGGAUUACAGAACUGUUGAUCAAAAGGCUGGUAGUAUGGAUUGCUUGGAUGCGCCAUCCCAUAUUCAUCAAGCUACUGUUCCUCCUGUACCUGACCUGUUGGAAAAUGGGACUGGAUCAAGCCGCAAUUUUCUUCAAAUGCUUUCUCCAGUUGACGAAAAGAGUCAGAAAACAACAAACAACCAAACUACCAAAUUUCAACAAAUUCAGCAGAUGUUUUCUGGACAGGUAAACAAUGUGAAUCACACCAAUGAAAAUUCUUUGAACUACAAGAAAAAUUCUCCUUAUGGGGAAAACAGAGAGAAAGAAAAAGAAAAGGAAAAAGAGGCUAAUGGAGAAGUUGAUCAUAGUCCUAAAAACUUAUAUCAGCUCCAAAGGGCCUACAGUCAACAGUGUGAAGACUUGAAGUUACUACGUAAACAAGUACUAGCUCGUGAUCGGCGUAUUCAAGAACUUGAGCAACAGAUUGCUCAGCUCACAGGUGCUCAAGCAUCUCAUAAAGAACUUUCAUCAAUUCACUCAUCUCAUAAAAUUGGGCGUUGAUUGUUAAAAUUAAUUGUGUACCAGUUUGUUUAUUCAAUAUGUUGGAAACUCUGGUGCAGCUUUCUAUGAUGAAGAACAAAACACUCCAUAGAGCUAUAAGUUUUUCUUGUAUCAUGACUGUUUUGAUUGCAUAAGCAUGAUAGUAUAGUUGAAUGUGACCUGACAUUUCUGUGGUGAUGUAGUUUUAGAAUACUUCAUCUAAACAUCAUACAUAUUCAAAUAAUAGUGAAACUCGGUUUCAGUAUUUUUAUUCUCUACUCAUGAAAUGUGCCCUAUGUUCAUGAUAGUAUUUAUUAUAAUUUUAGGAAUAUCUGGUUCAUAUUCUGUUGUUUUAUUAGUGAAGAAACCCUUGAGAGAAUAUUUUAUUUUCUAUUGUACUUGCCAAUCUCUAAUCCUAGGGAUGAUUUGUUUUGCCUCUCUUGUUGCUGCAGAAGCGCAGCCACUCACUGAAGCUUUGUGGUUCAAAUCAGUUCAAAUCAAAUUUGUACUUGUAUGAUAACCAACCUAAGUCUUGCCCCCCUUUUUUUUGUUUCUUUUUUCUGUGUACUUUAUUUGCUAUUAAUUUCCUCAGAUGGUGGUUAUUAGCUUUCAACUUUCGUAGUUUCCAUUAUAUACAUGUUAGUUCAUGUAUGGUGCUGAAUAUAGAAACGCCAGAGCCUCAGAAAACUCUAGAAAGGCCGGCAAGUCCGGCAUUGCGCUGAUCUGCGCUGUUGACUCACCUGCUACUGCAGCCUAUCUAAUUUUUUUUCUUAGAGUUCUGAGCAUCUUGUUUUAAUUUUAGCUUUAUUUACAAUGAACGUUUAAUUGGUUUUGAUGAUGAGUUAAAACGAAUUAUACUGUCCUGUUACCACUUGAAUCUUUGCAACAACAAAAAUUGUUAUUGAUUGUUUUUUUUUUUUUUUUUUUUUCAUGCAGACGUUAUUACUGAGUUUACUUUCAUUUUAAUUUAGAUUACAGUAGCUGUGUUUGUUUUUAUUUUUGUCCCGCUUUGUAAGACAUCAUAGCCCAGUUUUCAAGUGUAUUAUGAAUGUUUUAGAAUUUUUGAUGAGAUCAGUUGGAAAUUCUGUCUAGUUGAAAAUCUUUUCUUUGAAGUUUUUGACAUUCCUUUUUCUUCUUUAGUUUUUAGUUUACUAAUCUCAAAAAGUCCCAUUUUUUAAAAAAUGACCCAGAAUGUUAACUUCUGAGAAAUUGUGUUCUGUGUUAAGUUUCUGUGAUCACUUCCGCUCUUUUGACUGCAUCUGUAACAUGUAUAAUUUCAUUUGAUACAAAUGGCGGAUUUUACUCUGUUACCAAUGAAGGUCAGUGAUUUGGAUAUAAUAGUAUACCCUAUACCCCCUUUUGUUAGUUAUUAUUGUUUGAAACAUUGUUGUUUUAAUUUGUGUCACUAGUCUCAGCACUUUAUCAAGAUUGUUUUCUCUUUGGUGCUGAUAUGAAGAAAUGCAUAACUGGCUCUUCUUCCUUCCCUUCUUUAUUGGAGUUAAUCUAUGUCUCCAUUCCUUUCACAAUAGGGUGGUCCCAAGGAUUCAGGGCUGGGAGGCUGAUUCCGCUGCUUUUGGGGCAAGCGUCGGGGUUUGCCCACUAGUAGGCGUUUUGGAGUUGUUCAAGUGUUAACCCCCCCCCCCUUUCCCCUUUUCCCUUCCCUAUUUUUCUCCUAAUAUUGCCACUGCUAUCCUAUGUAUGAAUCAGACCUUGUGUCAUGAACUAGAAGGUUAAUAGUAUGUGAAAAGGGAUUCUUUGAUCCUAAAUUAAUGAACCAUGUCGUCUUCCCAUCUUUGUUCUCAAUUGUCAUGGUACUUAAGUCGUUUGAUGCCAAAUUAUGCAGAAUUUAUGCUUUUGUUAAUAUUUUCUUAGAUCUCACUUUUGUUUUGUGUUUGAGGGUGUUAGUUUAAAAUGUGAUUGAUUUGAUCAAUCGGUAUUAAAUAGUGAGGUGGCAGGUA